UGUUUAACAAAUCUUUUUUUACGGUUUUGCUAUGUUAUAAAGCAAUGGUCAAUGCUUAGCUGUGCGCAUAUCCAAAUGCUGACUCAAGAAGCUAGAGUUGCACUUGGGUACGCUUGGUGCGACUCUUAAGCUUUUUUGGUGCUUAGAAACCUGCCGCGUGCACCCAGAAACUGGAUAUACGCACGCUAAGCAUUGACCAUUCCUCGAUUGGUAUACAUAAUACACUAUGACUUUCUAGCUUGUCUCGCAAAAAAAAACAAAAAAAAAAAAACAAAACAAAACAAAAAUCUAGUUUUCUUUCAGCAAAGUUUAUCACAGAAAACUAUUCAUAGCCGUCUGAUUACUGUGGGCACUGCUCUUGAAUUGUUAACUAAUUCAUCGAUGCUGAAUCAUUCACUGAAGCGUGCGCCCAAGAGAUUCUGUCCAGGGUAGACACGGGUACGCCGAACAUUGUCUGAUUUAUAAAAUGCGCAAGACCGUCAGAAAAAAUAUUUUGGUAUCCUGCAGAGCAGGCGUUCUUGUGCAGGCGUUCUUGUGAUGGCGUUCUUGUGAUGGCGUUCUUGUGAUGGGUUUGAGGAAGAAUCUGGGUUUUGGGGUUCCUGUUUCGACUACGUGCCCGCGAGAAAAAUGGGACCUUUCCGAAGAGUGGAACGCAUCUCAUUGCUCGGUUUCAAUUCAUGCUCUUUCCAAAUGUCCAAAGUUCCCCCAAAACCCACAAGAACGCCUGCUUUGCAGGCUAAUAUUUUGGGUCCGCAAUGUAUACGUCUUGUAAAACUUUCUUUGUAGCCGUAAUGUCGAUCAAAAUAUGUACGCAUAAACACUAAAUGGUGGCAUUUCUUGAAAAUCAAAAGAGCAAUUAUUUUAAGAAAAGGUCAAUUCAAUGUCGCAAUAUAAAACUUGGCUAUCUCGCUGUGUGGCAAUUAUGCUAUCGUGAUAGUCAACUUCUGUCUUUUGUCAGUAUGUCACCAGAUCCAAUCAAAUAUUCGUGGAGUUAACCUAGAUUGCUCUUAGAUUUAAUAUCAGUCUCGUUUUGGUGGCUGAAGAUAUACUCUUAAUGAAGUGCGUGUUGACACUUUGUUAAACGACGCCAUCCUAUGUUGAGCUAGUUUGCUAAUUUGGACAUCAUUCUCGGCUUUUUGCAAGAUUUUUUGUGUUUUGUCCGAUUCUUUCUAACGUUUUUGCAAACUCUCUUGCCAUCAUUUGCAGACUUUGUUCCAUCAGGGCAAAUCCAUCAGUUUAUAACGCUAAGUUUGAAUAUUGACUAGUCUAAUCAAAAGCAAAAUGGCAGACACCGGGUACGAGCUACAAGGUAGGGAAGACCACACGUCUCCAAGACCCGUAUGGAAAACCAGAGCCAUACUUGCACUGAAGAUUCUAUUGGUUGUAGUGGUGUUCUUCAUUGGCUUCGUAAUAGGAUACUUUGUCAUGAAAGGUUCUAUUCCGAAAGACCGAGCGGAAAGUUCGUCUAACACUGCAGCUGCAGAUUACAAUGAAUACGCCACAAGACUUGCGGAAUCACUUCAGGCAAAAAAUAUCGAGGAAUUCUCCAAGUAUUUUACCAAACAUCCUCACAUGGGAGGCACAAUGCAGAACGACAAACUGGCAUACUACAUUCGGGAUAAGUGGCUGUCUUACGAGUUUAACGUGGACUUGGUUCGCUAUGACGUGUUAUUGUCAAUGCCUCGUAAGGAUAAGCCAAACGCUGUCAAAGUGAUCAACACCACAAACAACGAUGUUCUUGUUAAUAUAGAGGGCCCUGAGAAAACCAAGGAAGCAAGCGAAAAUGAUUCUUCAGUGGCAUCACCUUUUCUCGCUUAUUCGCCUCCUGGUGACGUCAGCGGUGACCUGGUUUACGUCAAUUAUGGAAGAGUCGAAGACUUUGUUGAGCUCGAGGCUUUGGGACAAAACUGCUCAGGAAAGAUUGCAAUAAUGCGUUAUGGAAAGAUAUUUCGUGGUAAUAAGGUUGCAAAUGCUGAAAACUAUGGUGCAAAGGGUGCCAUUUUAUUCUCUGAUCCUGCUGACUCUGCUCCCGGGGGCGUCGACAACACAUUCCCUAAGUCAUGGUGGUUACCGGAGACUGGCUCCCAGAGAGGUAGUAUACUUGGAAUAAACGGUGAUCCAUUGACACCCGAUCUGCCAUCCAAAGAAGGUAUAUACAGAAUCCCAAGGAAUAAAGCCAAGGGAAUUCCAGGAAUACCAGCUCAACCAAUGGGAUACGGCGAUGCGAUUAAGCUACUCCGCAUAAUGACAGGACCCGAGGCACCAGCAGCAUGGAGAGGAGGCCUUGCCAUUACUUACAAACUCGGUCCAGGCUUUAACGACAGGAAUGUAACCCUGAGAUUGAUAGUAAACAACCAAUUCGUGGUUCGUCCAACGUAUAACGUGAUUGGUACCAUUAAUGGUAGGGAAGAACCAGACCGUGUGGUGUUGCUAGGCAACCAUCGUGACGCAUGGGUUUUUGGUGGAGUCGAUCCUUCAAGUGGGACAGCAGUUAUGAUGGAAUUGUCGCGUGGUAUUGGUGAGCUGAUGAAAACAAGCUGGAGGCCAAGGAGAACUAUCAUGUUUUGUAGCUGGGGGGCUGAAGAGUACGGGCUCAUAGGAUCAUGGGAAUGGGUGGAGGAAAAUCAAAAAUGGCUGGGAGAUAGAGCAGUUACUUACAUCAAUUUGGACUCGGCAGUAUCUGGCAAUUACUCCUUCUCUUCUAGUGGGAAUGCGUUAUUAACAGGUCUAAUUAUGGAGCAGGCGAAGAAAGCGACUGACCAAAACCAGGGCGUGUCCCUCUACGAGGCGUGGAAGAAGCGAAUUCCUGGAGAAGGCGGAAUGCCGCGUUUUGGGUCACUUGGUUCCGGUUCUGACUAUUCUCAUUUUGCGCAUUUCCUUGGAGUCCCAUCUAUUGAUAUAAGGUAUGUGUUCAGGUCGAUGAACGUCUCUGGCUACCCUGUUUACCAUUCGGUGCACGACACUUUCUAUUGGCAGAAAACAUUCACCGAUCCUUACUUUAAGUCUCACUUGACCGUAUCGCAAAUUGCCGCACGUAUCCUAGUUGCUGCCUCGGAUUCUCCCCUCUUGCCAUUCACUUUGGCCCCCUAUUCAGCAACACUAUUAUCUGGAUUCAAGAAUCUGAAAAAGAACGAAGGAGCUCGGCUUCAGUUACAUAACAUCACGUUAGACCAUCUGGAAGAGGCAAUUAAUACCUUCAAAAAUGCGACGGACGUCUUUGAAUCCAAAAUAAAAGAAAUGAAAGUGUCCAAGGACUUUGCGAAGAUAAGAGCUUUGAAUGAUCAAGUGAUGUUGCUAGAACGGACUUUCAUCUGGCCUUAUGGGUUGCCCGGCCGCUCUGAUGUCCGUCACGUGAUCUUUGCUCCUUCCUUACACAACCAGUAUGGUUCUUCGACAUUUCCUGGAAUUGGUGAUGUGCUGUUCGACAUUGUCAAGACAGGCAACUGGCAGGAGGUGAAACGCCAGAUCUCGAUCAUUACCUACAGCAUUCGAGCAGCUUCCAAGGCUGUUGGAUGGAUGUAUUAGUCAAGUCUGCGUCCCCCCUACCCACCCCCCAACUAGUUUAGCUUGAUCCUUGCCCUAAUGGUUAUCAUACAUGUUCACUAGAGAUUCCAGUUGCUGAACCAUCCAAAAAUGGAUGGUGCACGCUGAACUAGUGCAUGAUUAAGUAGCGCGCGCUAUGUAAUGAAGAUUUCGUAAGAGCAAAAUUUGAAUUUUUCUCUGAUAAACAAAUAAUUCUUACGGUUUUGCUAUGUUAUAAAAGCAAUGACCAAUGCUUAGCUGUGCGUAUAUCCAGUUCUAGAUGCACUUGGGAGGUUGAUUAAGCACUCCGGAAGUUAGAGUUGCACUUGGCUAUACGCUUGGUGCUACUCUUAAGCCUGGUUUCCAUAUGAUCGCUCACGAUCGCCCUAUCGCUGAACACUCGACGAAAAAAUGGAUUUGUCAUGUAGGCAAACAUAUAGACAAAUAUAUGGGCAAAUAUCAUA